UUAAUCAACACAGUAGAAGAAGAAGAUUUUCGGUGACCCGGAAGUGCUUUCCAAAUUAUGACCCCUCUCACUAAUGCUGACAGAGCCUUAUGAAGCUGAAACUAACUAACCUGUGUAAUGUGCGCAGGGUCUUAUCACUAACAUUAAGACACUACAUCUCUCUGUGAUCUGAUAACAGAACAGCAGAUAGACUACACCGCCAUGAGCACGAUGUUUGCAGACACCAUUCUGAUUGUGUUCAUCUCGGUCUGCACGGCGCUGUUAGCCGAAGGGAUAACUUGGGUUUUAGUGUAUCGCACUGAAAAGUAUAAGAGGCUAAAGGCUGAAGUGGAAAAACAAAGCAAAAAACUGGAGAAGAAAAAGGAAACCAUCACAGAAUCUGCUGGACGUCAACAGAAGAAAAAAAUUGAAAGACAAGAAGAGAAACUGAAGAACAACAACAGAGACCUGUCCAUGGUGCGCAUGAAGUCCAUGUUCGCCAUAGGCUUCUGCUUUACAGCGUUGAUGGGCAUGUUCAACUCCAUCUUCGAUGGAAGAGUGGUGGCAAAAUUGCCAUUCGUGCCACUUUCAUACAUCCAGGGACUUUCACAUCGUAAUCUGCUGGGCGAGGACUACACUGACUGCUCCUUCAUCUUCCUCUACAUCCUCUGCACCAUGUCCAUCAGACAGAACAUUCAGAAGAUGCUUGGUCUGGCGCCCUCCAGAGCUGCAACCAAACAGGCUGGAGGUUUCCUGGGACCUCCUCCUCAGGCAGCUAAGUUUUCUUAAUCAUCAGGAAGGUUUGAAAGAGACGAUCUUACAAUCUGACUGUGUGUGUAGACACAGAACUGCUUCUGCAGCGCUGGAACUAAAGUGUUAUCUGUUGCAGCUGAUGUUUCACUCCCUUCUGUUGCAUUAUGAUUCAUGUCAUGUUUAUUUAACUUUAUUAAACUUGUCUCAUUUAGAAAUUAGACACAGAAGAUUAGUUCUUAAUUAUAUUGAUUUCCAAAGGAUACAAACGUCUAACUUGUUUUCAGCACAUCCCAUACAGUUUGGGGAUUUUAACCUCUGAUUGGCACUGUAACAUCUGAUCCGUUUUUCAGUAUUAUUGUGUGUCAUUGCUUGUAUCCCUAUUUCUUACGUAUGAAUAAAGUUUUAUGAUUACA